AUGAUGCUCCCUAUGCUCCUUACGGUUCUUUCUACCCUUCUUGCUAGUACCUCAGCUGCGGCAGUUGAGCGUCGCGAGCGCACAUGUACUGUUGAGUUGGACGAGCAGCGCGGUCAGAAUGCUGUCGGUGGCGGCGAUAAUUCAUACACCUGCGGUGUAUCUCUCGACUAUGGUGAUGGUCGAAAGGACGUCCUCAGUGAAGCAUGCAACCAGAUUUGGCACGCAGGUGAUCACUGCUUCAGUUCACAGCUGCCAUACUCUAUCUGUAUCCACACCAAUGGUGAUACUGAUGGCUACUUGAACUACAGCAAUGAGCACCGGGACUUUAACGAGGAUGGCUGUAAACAAGACAAGUGGGCAGGUAUUGGUGGGGAUGGUCAUACUAUUACUUGCACUUUCCCAUGCACAUAG